AUGUCAUACAAAUCAACCUUUUUAGAAACUGCUCUUGAAUCCGAAGCAUUGAAAUUCGGUAGUUUUACCUUGAAAUCCGGACGUCAAUCCCCAUAUUUCUUCAACUUGGGACAUUUCAACACUGGUAAAUUAUUAUCUAAUUUAGCCACAUCUUAUGCCCAAGCCAUUAUCGCUUCUGGUUUACAAUUCGACAUCCUUUUCGGCCCAGCUUACAAAGGUAUCCCAUUAGCUGCGAUUACUGUUGCCAAGUUAGCCGAAUUAGACCCUGAAAAUUACGGAAGCAUAGGAUAUGCUUUCAACCGUAAGGAAAAGAAGGAUCAUGGUGAAGGUGGUUCCAUUGUUGGUUGUGCUUUGAAAGACAAGAAGAUCUUGAUUAUCGAUGACGUUAUCACUGCUGGUACUGCCAUCAACGAAGCCUUUGAAAUCAUUGGUAAUGAAAAGGGUCAUGUUGUUGGAUGUAUCAUUGCCUUGGACAGACAAGAAUUGCCUACUGAUACUGCUACAAUUUCUGCUACUCAGUCUGUUUCUGAAAGAUACGGAAUCCCAGUUCUUUCCAUCGUCAGUUUGGCUGAAGUUAUUGACAUUUUAUCUGGUAAAAUCAGCGACUCUGAUUUAGCCUCUAUUCAAGAAUAUAGAAACAAGUACGGUUCUAAAAAGAACUAG